CUGGAACCUGUUCCGACCGACAAUCCUGGAAGUUGGAACCCGGAAGGGAUCCCAGUGGGAGUGGAUGUGGGAGUGGAUGUGGAUGUGGUGGUGCUUGGGUGGCCAGCCAGAACAAUGACCCUCUGCCAGGCCUCGGACCCAGACAGAACCACCGUCACUCACUGCAACCCAAGACACAACCACCACCACCACAACCACAACCAUUCUUCUGACAGCAGUAUUAUUCAUUCCCUUCCCCUACCACUAACACUAAGAAUGGCCACCACUCCACCAACCCCAUCUGAGGCCUAACUCCGGCCGCUCCCUACUACUACCUCCACCUCCACCACCACUACUACUCCACCAACUCCUUCUCUUCCCACCAACAAAUCACCCAUCGCCCCGUCCUUGCUUUCGCUUCUCCCGCUGCUCAUCUCCCCUUCUCUCUCGCCUCAUUCUCUCCUGAUCCGUGGCAUCCCUCAACCCUCGCCUCGCAACCAUGAGUGACGACUCAGCCGUUCAGUUUGUGGCUUCUCGCCCGAGAAAGCGACAGCGACGUGAAAUAUCCGAUUCCUCCACAGAACCAGCCUCAGGUGGACCGUCCUCCUCGUCCUCACGAACUCCGGGCCAGCCGUUGCCACCAGCCCAAAGAUAUCCCGGCGAUGGCCUGGACUUCCGCCGGCCGGUAUCAUCGCACUUGGACGAUGUAAUUGACCUCACCAACGAACCCGACUCCCCCGACCGUCAUGAGCAGCCGCACCCAUCAUCGGACACUGGUCGCCGUCAACGACCUCCAAGGUUCCCCCGAGAUAUACUAGGAGAGGUCGUGGAUUUGGAGGAAGAGCCUGAGGAACACCCGCCGAGCAGCCCCGAAGUCCAGUUCGUCGGGGCAACUAUCCGACGUCCACAAUUACCGCCCCCGCCACCACUCCCCUCCUACCCCCGGGAUGAGGGGUCCUACCACUUCUGGAACCAGUUGGUGCAACUGAGGCCGCCUUUACUGGCUCUGCCACCGUUCAUGUACCCAGAAAACGACCGACCAGACAUCUCUUUUCGCCGACAUGGCCAUCGCACAAGCAGAAGGGGCCCACUCCCACGCCUUUCUGGAGUGGAGUCUUUAUGGAUUGGGGAUGACCCGGCGAUUGACCUGACAAUCAACCUGGAUGUUGACGGACCGUUGGGGCUGGACUACCAACUAACAGGGCUCACACCAGAAAGGGCGCCCGUCAAUUCAUAUAAGCCACCCAGCCCGCCACCAGAGGGGUAUACCAGGAAUGUUGGAGAAGAUGACGUGGUGGUCUGCCCGAACUGCUCUUCAGAGCUGGGAAUCGGCAACGAAACCAAGCAGCAGAUAUGGGUUGUGAAGCAGUGUGGACAUGUAUACUGCGGCGAAUGUGCCUCCAAUCGGGCAGUCACGCGAGCGAAAAAGAGCACUGCCAAGACGAAGCCAUUCUCCAAAUGCCAGGUCGCCGACUGCGGAAAGCCCGUGAGCUCUCCCAAGGCAAUGUUCCAGAUCUACUUGUAACGAACUCUCCGUGUCAUCUCUCCGUGUCGGCGUUGUGACGAUGGAGCCGUCCGUCCCCUUUCUCUUCCUUUCGGAAGCUUAACGAACAGAUACUUCUCGAUACCCUUAUUGCAUUUUUUUUCUAGGUUGGUUGGGCAUAUUAUUAGGUUUGGUUACUAUAGCAUAGAGCGUUUGGGUAUAGGGUGCACCUUGGCGGUACGUGGAUAAUGACGACUGCGUGCCCGCGGGCAAUGGCGCUCCACAUCAUGGGAUAUUGAAUGAAGACAUUUUUGUACAUAUGAUACAUGAAACAUAUAAUCUAAGCAAAGAAAGCGUC